AUGAUUUAUGAAAUUUAUUCUCACCGAAGACGAGGCAGUAUGGCCUUUGGUCAUAGCCUGUCCAGAAGGGCGAAAAAAAGAAUGAAUGUCAAAAUCAUAUGGUUAUUUAAUAAUGAUCAUACGUUUUUAUUUUUAAUCGCUGUGCAUGCGUAAUUUAUUAAAUAUGCGAAAAUUUGUUUCGUCAUUUGUUUUACUCAGACAAAUUAAUACCUUAAUUGGGGGUAGUUUCCACAAAAUAUCCUGGUUGCCAAGAGCAAAAUGUGAGAACCAGUUAUACAACAACUUAAUAAAUGAUUUCACUAAGCUUCAAUUUUACAAUACUACAUCCAAAGCAGAAGUAAUAACGAAAAAUGAAAACAAUGAUAAUAUUAAAUGUUCUAAAGAAAAAUUAAUAUCACAAAUGAAUUUUUUAUCAGAAGAACAUGCCCGACCUUAUUAUAAAUUACCUAUGAAUACUUUACUACAUGUCUAUCAAACUACAAAAAAUGAUAGCAUGAAUGGCUUCUGCAACAACAGACUAUAUUAUAUUGCUGACAAAAUUAAGUGCUCACCAUCAGAACUUAGUGAACGCCUAGCAAAAAGAACUUUUGUGUACAGCUUAUCAUUCCAGUGGUUGGAGAACUCUUUGAGAACUCUUCUAGAAAUGGGUGUGUCUACUGAUCGUAUUUUAAGAGAUUUAUGGGUACUUAAAUAUAAACAUGAGACUAUUCGUGAAAGACUACAGAGAGUAAAAGAUAUGGGGAUUGAGACACUCUAUCCUUGGAUGGUUCGCUGUAAACAGGAUAUAAUGAAUAGAUACAUAAAGAUAUCACAGGAUACUAAAAAUAUCCUUGGGGGAAAUAAAUCAACACAAAUAUAUUUGGCUGACCGAUUGAAUACCACCCCUGAAGCUGUUGCAGAGAUUUGCACAAGAAUACCAGCUCUUAAGACAAUCAGAGUUACAAAGGUAAAACACUUUUUGGAUUUCUUGAUCAGUGAGGGUUUUCAACCAGAAGAUAUUGCUAACAAGCCCAGGGUUUUAGUAGCAUCGCCUAAUACAGUCAAGCAAAGGUUGGAAAAGUUGCGUAAAUUAGGAUUUACUGAAAUCAAUCUUAAUGUCCUGUGUAAAAGUAGAAAAGAUUUCAAAAAAUACUAUGAAUCAUUUGAAGCCUUAUCGAUGGAGAAUAAGUUAAGUAAGAACUAGUAAUGGCAUUAUUAUUAUGAUAUAUAUUGAGAAGCCUGAAAGCUUGCAGAGACUAGAUGACAAAGCAAACUUCACCUCCAGCUAAAAUGAAGCCCGAACUGGAAUUAAACAUCCAUGUUUUUUUAUCAUACAAUAGCUGUAGAUACAAUAGAACUGAAUAUUCAUGUCUAAUUAAUAUUUUCUGUACUGGAAGGUCAAUAGGAAUUUAGAAAUAAAACAUGUUGUUUACA